AUUGUGCACAGCCUCAUGUGCCACCGGCAAGGCGGGGAGAGUGAGUCCUUCUCGAAGAGGGCCAUCGAAAGCCUCGUCAAGAAGCUGAAGGAAAAGAAGGACGAGUUGGACUCUCUCAUCACGGCCAUCACCACAAAUGGCGCUCACCCCAGGAAGCGCGUCACCAUUCAGCAGACGCUUGAUGACCGGCUGCAGGUUGCCGGUCGAAAAGGUUUCCCACACGUGAUCUAUGCUCGCAUCUGGAGGUGGCCUGAUUUGCACAAGAAUGAGCUGAAGCAUCUCAAGUUCUGCCAGUACGCCGUUGACCUGAAGGCCGAUAGCGUCUGCGUUAACCCGUACCACUACGAGCGGGUCGUGUCUCCCGGCUUAGGUACUGGCUUAGACCUUGGACAACUAACACUUCAUGGAUCUCCACCGGGUGGGCGACUGGUUAAGGAGGAGUUCAUGCCGGAGUGUGUUCCGGUGGAGGGUCCCGGCCCAUCGCUGCACGUCCCCGACAGUUACUCGUCCAUACAGAUUAUCCAGCACCAGCCGGGGGGGGGGGGGGGGGCCUGCCCGUGGGACCAGCCUCUGGGCCCCCCUCAUCUCGGCAACCCCCUCCUCCUCGAGCGGGGAGCCGUCAACCUCCACAUCUACCUCGGGAUUCCCCGCUCUGCCUGCAGGUUUGCCGCGGUCUCUUCACCCACGGGGCAGACUUUGACGUGGGCAAUAAAGAUCCUUCAUGCAGUUGUCCUUGGCCGGUUUUAUCAUUCAGGUCAAGAUUGGUCCGCUCCUGCAUGCAAAUAAUCUAUAAAUGAGGGAG